AUGCGCUUGCUAUUAGGGGCUUGCAGAAACGUCAAUACUUGGCGGUUUUCUGGUCGUUUUGGGCACAGGGUUGCUUUUUUACGUGCCUCUUGUCUGAUUAAUCAACAUCAAGGACGAUUACUGCACACCUGUCAAACCAUCUACGAGAAGAAGAAGAAGGAUGAAAGCAAUGAAUAUGACAAGGAAUGCACUCAGGAAGAAAUGGAGGCACUUAAGAAAGAUAUAUUUCGGCACAUAAGGGAUGCCAAUGCAAGUAAGCCUAGUGAUAAAGAAGCCAGCCAAAGGAAAAUUACUGAAAGUAUUAAGCGGCUCGAAGAGACAAUCAAGAAGCAGCAAAGUCAGCAGGAACAAGAUACAGAAAGUGAGCCCAGUGCUUUCAAGCAGGCACAAAAAGAGUCUGAGGAGAUGUACAGAAAGGCUGCUGAUGAAAAGAUGAAGCAAAACAAGGAUUUCAAUGGCAUGUUGAACAAUCAAAACCCAGCCCCAAUGGUUGUUAAUAUCAAUCUUUUUAAAAUGGGUCUAUUGAUGUUGGUUCUAUCCUUUAUCUUGAGUAGAUUUGAAACUUUUGAGCAAAAAAAGGAAUUGACAUGGCAGGAAUUCCGUAAACAGCUAUUAUUUAAUGGCUACGUAUCGAAAUUGAUUGUUAUCAACAAGUCAUCUGUGAAGGUAAUUUUGAAUGACAGCGGCAAAAACCAUUUACAACACACAGGUAUUGACUCUUACUACUUUACUAUUGGAUCUGUUGAAAGUUUUGAACGUAAAAUAAAAGAAGCUCAAGAUGAAUUGAAAAUUUCCGAAGAGUUCAGGAUUCCUAUCGUAUACACUCAGGAGGGAAGCUGGAGUAAAGCUAUUUUUCAAAUCAUGCCCACAGCUCUGUUGAUUGCAGGCUUAAUCUGGAUUAGCACUAGGUCCAUGAAUUCUGCAGGCGGUGGCCCUGAGGGCAUGUUUAAUGUUGGCAAAUCGAAAGCUCGUAGAUUUAAUCAAGAUACAGCUAUCAAGGUAAAAUUUAAAGAUGUUGCUGGUUGUGAUGAGGCAAAAGAGGAAAUCAUGGAGUUUGUCAGCUUUUUAAAGCAGCCCUCACGUUAUGAGAAGAUGGGAGCCAAAAUCCCAAGAGGAGCCAUAUUGUCUGGUCCUCCAGGUACUGGUAAGACUUUACUGGCUAAAGCCACCGCUGGUGAAGCAGGAGUUCCCUUUUUCUCAGUUUCCGGCUCUGAAUUUGUAGAAAUGUUCGUUGGUGUUGGUGCAUCAAGGGUUCGUGACCUAUUUAAGACUGCAAGAGAGAACGCUCCAGCUAUCGUGUUUGUGGACGAAAUCGACGCUAUUGGUAAGGCUAGGCAAAAAGGCAACUUCUCUGGUGCCAACGAUGAAAGGGAAAAUACAUUAAAUCAACUGUUGGUUGAAAUGGAUGGCUUUACCCCCUCUGAUCAUGUUGUUGUAUUAGCUGGUACCAACAGACCUGAUGUACUAGACCAGGCACUGUUAAGGCCGGGAAGAUUUGACAGGCACAUCAAUAUUGAUAAGCCCGAGUUAGAAGGGCGAAAAGAAAUAUUCAAGGUCCAUCUUUCGAAAAUUACCUUGGCCGAGGAUAUCGUGGAUUUAGAAAACAGACUUGCUGCCUUAACACCCGGUUUUUCUGGAGCUGAUAUAGCCAACGUUUGCAAUGAGGCUGCUCUAGUUGCUGCUAGGGGUGAUAAUUCUUCAGUUAAAUUGGAGCAUUUUGAACAUGCUAUCGAAAGAGUUAUCGGUGGUGUAGAGCGCAAAUCUAAGGUGCUUUCCCCCGAAGAGAAGAAAGUGGUUGCAUAUCAUGAGGCCGGACACGCUAUAUGUGGUUGGUACCUAGAAUAUGCGGAUCCAUUACUAAAGGUUAGUAUAAUACCCCGUAGUCAGGGCGCCCUAGGAUACGCCCAGUACUUACCUGGCGACGUGUACUUGCUCAACCAGCAGCAGCUCAUGGACAGGAUGACAAUGACACUUGGUGGAAGAGUUUCUGAGGAGCUUCAUUUGCCAACUGUCAGCAGCGGUGCUUCCGAUGAUUUCAAGAAAGUAACACGAAUGGCCACAGCAAUGGUCACCGAAUUGGGUAUGAGCAAUAAAGUUGGAUGGGUUAAUUACACUCGGAAAAACGAAAGCGAUUUGACUAAGCCAUUUUCGGAGGAGACAGCUUCCAUUGUAGACUCAGAGGUGUAUCGUCUUGUAGAGGAGUGCCACGAUAGGUGUGCCUCAUUAUUAAAAGAAAAAGCCCACGAGCUGGAGAAGGUUGCUCAGUUACUUCUCAGGCAAGAAGUAUUAACUCGCGAAGAUAUGAUCCGUCUCCUUGGCAAGCGCCCAUUCCCGGAAAGAAAUGAUGCAUUUGACAAGUACUUAAAUCAAAGGCAACCCGAAUCGCCCACCGGGCACCCUACUACCAGUCCUUGA